AUGGUCAAAAUCGAAACAUUUGCCGUGGAGCAGUGGAUGGAUCUUUAUGAGGACAAUGCUAAGCACAAUCUGGCCGAGACCUGCUGUGCAUCACUCUCGCUCAAAGAACUCCAAUCCCUCUCAGGAGAGGAGACGGACAUUAUAGAUUUCUCGCACAAGCAGACCUAUGGUGCAAUUCGCGGCUCGAAGGCUCUACGUUCAAAUAUUGCAAAUCUAUAUUCGGGCAAUUUGACGACUCCCUUGACGACCGAAAAUGUUCUUGUCACCAAUGGAGCUAUUCACGCCAAUUUCCUCGCUCUCUAUUCUAGCGUCGGCCCCGGAGACCAUGUCAUCUGCCACUACCCAACCUAUCAGCAGUUGUAUUCUGUGCCCAAAUCCUUCGGAGCAGAAGUUUCUCUUUGGAAAUCUUCCGAGGCAAAUGGAUGGAAGUUGGAUCUGGCAGAGCUGAAGUCUCUGAUCCAACCAAAUACCAAGCUGAUCAUCAUCAAUAACCCUCAAAAUCCAACCGGCGCAAUCAUCGAACGCGAGGCGCUACAGGAUAUUGUCAAUAUCGCCAAACAGCACGACAUUACGAUUCACUGCGACGAAGUCUACCGACCACUAUUCCAUUCCCUGGGCCCAGCAGAAAACCCACCAUCUAUCCUAGACUUCGGAUAUGAAAAGACGAUUUCAACCAGCUCGAUGUCCAAGGCAUUCAGCUUGGCCGGUAUUCGACUUGGAUGGAUCGCAUCCAGAAGCUCCGAGAUCAUCGAAGCCUGCGCAGAUGCGCGUCACUAUACUCUGAUAUCGGUUGGACAACUCGAUGACAGUGUCGCGACGUAUGCAUUGUCCAGCUCCUGCGUUGGCAAUCUACUUCAGCGCAAUACUGAGCUUGCACGGCAGAAUCUGAAGGAUUUGGAAGAGUUUGUUCGUUACUAUGAGGGAUCGGCGACGUGGGUUCGCCCCCGGGCUGGAACGACUGCGUUUAUAAAGUUCGUUAAGAAUGGUGUCCCCGUUGAUGAUGUGGCGUUUUGUCAGCAGCUUUACGAGAAGAACGGGGUUAUGUUGGCUCCUGGUAGUCAGUGCUUUGGAGACGGAGAGUACUUCAAAGGAUAUGUUCGUGUGGGAUAUGUCCCUGAACGACAGGUGUUGGUGGAUGGGUUGAAAGCUCUGCGGGAAUUCAUGGGAAAUGGGUUCGAGAGUGUACCCCUCGCAUGA